AUGUCAAGGAUCAAGAGAAACUAUAAAGCAAAAAGACCACCAAAUCAAAAUGGAACCAAAGAACGGCAUAAAGAUGUAAUACCACAGCAAACAUCUUGGAAAAAGUAUUCCAAAAAAAAUCAACGACAGAAAUGUCAUUUGACUGCAUUAUCCCCCGAAGUCUUCAUAAAUAUUUGCCGGUACCUUCCACCCGAAGACUUGAAUCGUUUAGCCCUUACUUGCAAAUCCUUUUUCAAUUUCCUUUUUUCCGAGUUAGAGUCUACACAAUUAAUAUGGAAGCAUUCACGCACAGCAUACUCUUCGUUCCAUCGUCAGUUACCACCACCUAAAGGAAUGAGCGAACUAGACUAUACAAGAUUGGUGUUUGGCAAAAUUUGUCAAUUUUGUAAAUGUCGGAUAUUCAAACCAAAAAUUAAUUGGCAUUUUCGGGUUCGAUGUUGUGUUGAAUGCUAUAACAAAAAUGUUGGAACUGUUUUAGAAAUCAUGUCAAAAUUUCCGGUGCGACUCCCAGAAUCCGUAUGGAAGACCUUACCGCACCGCUACAACUCGAAAAGCGAACGAAUAUAUUGGAUCGCAGAUGUAAUAAUGCGUUAUCAAGAAUACAAAGCUCUCGAUAACGAUAGCAAUAUGAUUGAAAAGACAGCGUGGGUCGAGAAAAAAGCUGCUGAGAACGCAGUGUACAUAGAGGAUCAGGCUCUUCGUGAUGAUCUUUAUAAACGUUCAUUUCGACAGAAGAAAGCAAACAAACGUCUAGGGAAGAAAGCACGAAUAGAGACGAUCGAUGCUCGAAUAGCUGAAUUCUGUUCACAGUGUACGCAAUACGAGUUUUUGUUGAUGAGAAAAUGCCCAUCAUAUAAUUUGGCUAUAUCGGCUGCAAAUGAGUUCACGAAUCGCAGUUGGAUCAUAUUACGGAAUAAGUUGGUGAAGGAAUAUGAUGCAGGCGAAUUUAUGUUCUGA